CUGCAUGAGAUUUUUUUUUUUCUUAAAUCUGACAGAGCUUGGAUAGAGGGCUGCACAUCAACUGAUGCCUCUAAACUAGUCACAUCGCAGCAAGCAUGGUUGUCCUCACUACCCUGAGAUCACCCUGCAUCCAAGAGAAUAAUGACAAGGAGCUUCUUCUGGACUGGAACCUGGAGGAGGAUGAACAAGGCAACAAGAUGCCAGCCGCGGCCGGGGACGGGCUCAGCGAGUCUCCCCCCAGGUUCUUGCUUGGGGAAAAGGCACCAAUUCAGCUGCAAGAGUCCUUCCUGCCAUCCUGUGUGAGCAGCGUGUCCCGAGAGACUCUGCGCAACUUCCACCACACCAAGAGAGUGGGCAACUACCUGAUCGGGAGAAAGCUGGGAGAGGGCUCCUUUGCCAAAGUCCGAGAGGGGCUGCAUGUGGUCACCGGAGAGCGGGUAGCUGUGAAGGUGAUUGAUAAGAAGAAAGCCAAGAAAGACACGUAUGUGACCAAGAACCUGCGCAGGGAGGGUCAGAUCCAGCAGAUGAUCCGACACCCCAACAUCACUCAGCUGCUGGAUAUCUUGGAGACAGAGAACAGCUAUUACCUGGUGAUGGAGCUCUGCACGGGCGGGAAUCUCAUGCACAAGAUUUAUGAAAAGAAGAGAUUGGAGGAACACGAGGCCAGAAAAUACAUCCGCCAGCUGAUUCAGGCUGUGGAGCACCUGCACCGCGCCGGUGUGGUACACAGAGAUUUGAAGAUUGAAAAUCUGUUACUGGAUGAGAACAACAACAUCAAGCUCAUCGAUUUUGGUCUGAGCAACUGUGCCGGAAUCUUGGGCUACACCGACCCGUUCAGCACACAGUGCGGCAGCCCAGCCUACGCUGCCCCGGAACUCCUUGCAAGGAAAAAAUAUGGGCCCAAAGUGGAUGUCUGGUCUAUUGGUGUGAACAUGUAUGCCAUGCUGACGGGCACACUGCCAUUCACGGUGGAGCCGUUUAGCCUGAGAGCUUUGUAUCAGAAGAUGGUGGACAAAACCAUGAAUCCGCUCCCUUCCCACCUCUCUCCCGCUGCUGUUAGUUUCCUGCGCUUGUUGCUGGAGCCGGAUCCAUUGAAAAGGCCCAAUAUCCAACAAGCACUGGGCAACCGCUGGCUCAAUGACAACUAUCAGGGCAAGGCCUUGCAAACAUGCACUUACCCAAACAGAAUCCACCUGGAAGAUCUGAGCCAAAGCGUCAUCCGUCACAUGUCAGAGAAGCUCGGUUACAAGCACAGUGAUGUCAUCAACGUCAUUCUAUCCAAUCGGGCUUGUCAUACUCUUGGCGUCUACUUCUUGCUGAACAGAAAGUUGGAGCGCUACUUAAUCACCACGAGGAAACCUGACAUUAACGACAAUGUGUGCCACAAGAACCAGAUGCAUCCAUUAGACAAAUACAAGGCAAACAAGAACUCCUACGAGGAACGAAAGUCUAAAGACCCCGAAAAGCGAGGGGAGCAUCGCUCUGCUCAGAAGAAGAUAGACAAAUGCUCUCCGUCCCACAGGCAACCCCCAUGUCCAAUGAUACAAAGUCACAACGGAAAGCCUCCCCUCAAGGAGCGAAAAUCCUCCAAGUCUGAGCGAGAAUCCAUUGGAGGGUUAAGCCCAUUCCAUGAAGUCAGGUUUAACAAAACCGGAUGUGUCACUUCCUGCUCUUUGGAAUACCUGGAAAUGCAAAGUCCAGAUCCGAGAACACCGAAAAUGAUGAGACGCCAAGACUCUCACUCCCAGGAGACUGUUAACAUGAAUAUGAAUGGUCGCAUGAGAGAACCCCACCUCAAUGUUGUGCGUUCCUUCGAGUCUGUGAACAGAGAAGACCAGAUAGAGUCUUUAUCCCCAUCUCACCAGUACCGAGUGAUCGGUUCACCCAUCUCCUUCUCUCCUCGUCACUCCAGCGAAAGAACUCUGUCCCCAAUCUUUCAGUUUGACAGCACCACCCCAGUGAAGGCCCAUUCCACACUGUCCUCCUUCGCCUACGAGGACAAGAGCAGCCCGUCAAGCUCCGAGUCCAUGUCCCCCACUUCCCCCCACUCUCCGUCUUGUAAUAACAACGGAAACUUGGGAAGCCCAAACUGUGUCAGGAGCCGGGGCCGAUUUCCCAUGAUGGGCAUUGGACAGAUGUUGAGGAAGAGGAGCCAAGUGACCUCUCCAAAACCCGAAAACGCCCUGGAAUCCAGAAUGCCAGCCUUGCAUCAAAUGAGCCCGGGAUAUGCCAGUUUCAACUCUAGUGACAUGAACGGGUUUUGCUGAUGGACAUCAUUAAAGGACUGCGCUUUUGCCCUGCCUCUGAGGAAUCCCCUGACUUCGAGAUUGAGAGGAGAAUGUUGCUAUUCUUGUAAAUGUGAAUUUUGUAAAAUUACAGAUUGUAUCCAUAAAGCUUGAUUUGGUUCUACUUUUUUCUCAUUGAUAAACGAUGUCACUUCCUUUGCACUUCCUCGGUAUUGAUGUCAGUGAGUCUCCAACCUCUACCUGCCUGGUACGGCGUAACUGAAAUUCUACAAGGCAACUUUUCCUCGAAGACUACAAAACUGUGUUUUUGUACAUCUGCUAUGUACUCAAGUGCUAC